AAAUAAUGUAUAUAUAUUUAAUUCUAAUCUCACUUGCCUUAACCAUUCAAGCGGUUGAAAAAUCGAAAUUAUUUUCAUAUAGAAUAAUUGCUUUGAAAGAUUAUGACUUUUUCAAUCAAUUACAAAUAGGUAUUUUAUCUAAUGAUUAAUAAGAUAAGACUAUGGAGAAGCCAUGGUUAGUAUUUUUUUUUAUGGAGCAUGAUCUUAAAUCUAAAGAUUUUAUUCCAGUUUUUGAUAAACUAGCAGAAGAAUUCAAAACAACAAAUAUGUACUUUUCUGCUGUUGAUAUGUAAAUAUUUUUUUGAUUUAAUCAAUACACUUAGAUAUGAAAAUGAAGAUGUUAGGGACAGAAUAGUAAUAUAGACUUAUCCAUCAUUAAUUUACUUUGAUAUGAAUAGUCUUAUUUACAGAUACAAUGGAGAAUUUACUUUUGAGGGAGUAUCUGAUUUUGUUAGAAAUGAAGGAUGGAAUAAAAUUCAAGGAAAAAAAGUUCCAAAAGAAAUUAAUUAUUGGAAAAGAUCAAUAAGAAAGUUAACUGGUUUUGUUGCUGUAAUUUUUAUUUUUAAUUUUAUUAGAUUCUUAUUUAUUCUAUAAUUUUUAGUAUCAUUGCUGUCAUUUGUUAUUUUUAGCGUAGAUCACACUCUAAUUUGUUAAAGAAAAUUCGAAGAAUUGACAUUGCUUAAUAAAAUAUUUUAGAAAAGAAGAAUAAAUAUAUGAAAAUUGAGUGAG